CCGCUCUCUCUCUCUCUCUCUCUCUCACAUUCUUCCUCUAUCUAUCUUAAAUUAAAUCCUGAACUCAGAUUUCAGACUAUAUUCAGCCAACACAACACAAAGAUCAUUUUCUGAGAAGAGACAACGAACUGUUCCAGGUUGGGAUUCAGUAUUCAAUGGGAUCUAAUACAAAAUUAUCCGGUUCAUCAAAUCCUAAGUAUGAGAUAGUGAAAAACAUUACGAUCGAUAUAAAAACUGAACUGGAAGAUCCAAUGAUGAACACAAGUAAGUGUAACAUCUACAGAGUCCCAUGCAAUCUUCGGAAGCUGAAUGAGGAUGCCUACACUCCUCAGUUGGUUUCAAUAGGACCACUUCACUAUGAUCCGAAAGAGCUAAAACCAAUGCAAAUGCACAAACUUCACUACUUGGAUCUCUUCAAGGAACGUGUCAAGGGCAAAAUUGGAGCCCUGGUCAAGUUCAAGGACUUCCUUGAAGAAAAAGAAGAAGACAUACGCCAAUGCUAUGCAGAAAAGCUGUUGCCCGAGAUCACGCCGCAGAAGUUGGUGGACAUGAUGUUAUUGGAUUCUGUAUUCAUCAUGGAACUAUUUCUGAGGAUUCAGGAGAAAAAAGAAGAAGAAAACAGUGAUUAUGUUAUACUGAAACAAACAUGGCUGAACAAGAGUAUCCAGAGAGACUUGCUUCUGCUUGAAAAUCAGAUUCCAUUGAUCAUCUUGGAAGAGUUAUACAACUCUGUCGUCCCUGCCUCCGUUAACAAGCGUUGCAGAUUCAUUGAGGUCGCUUACAAUUACUUCAAGUGUUUUCAUCCUUAUAAACAAGAUUCGGAUCAUCCCGAGCCCUCAUCGGGGUUUGAACAAGUGAAGCAGAACUGGAAAAAUAAUGCCCCAUUACAUUUCACUGAUUUCAUCAGGUACUUCUACCUUUGUAAGGAAAUGACUGGUCAUCAAAAAGUGUCGUCCUCCUGUGUUCUAAGGACUGCAACCAAGUUGCAAGAAUCUGGAGUGAGCUUUGAGAAAGUCACCGAUCGAUCCUUAGCUGACAUAAAGUUGGAGAAAGUUAAAAUCUUGAGUUGGUUUUUGUGCUUGGGUUGUCUACCAAAAUCCUCGUACUUCAAAGCUCGUUUACAAAUCCCACAGUUAAAAAUAGACAACACAACAGAAUGUGUUCUCAGAAACCUUAUAGCCUUCGAGCAGUGUCAUUACUCGGAUCAACCUUACAUCUGUAACUAUGUCUCUCUCAUUGACUCUCUCAUUCACACGAAAGACGAUGUUGAAUUGCUGGUUGAGAAGGAAGUCAUUGUCCAUGAACUUGGGAGUGACAAGGAAGUGGCGACCCUGGUGAACAGUCUCUGCAAACAUGUUGUGGUGAACAAGACAUGCUAUAACAAGAUUACAUAUGAUCUGAAUAAACAUUACCAGAAUGAAUGGUAUCGUACAAUGGCUUCGUUGAGAUUGGUAUACUUUAGAGACGCUUGGAGGGCAAGUUCUACUUUGGUCGGAAUUGCUGUCCUGGUGUUCACAAUUUUCAACUUUUGCCGAGUUGUUAGAUUGGUCCUGGACCUUGAUCAAAGGCGACCUUAAUUAGUUGUGUUGUAGCAUAUAUGGAAUCUUUGAAUUAUAAGUGACUAAAAUGACACUGUCGAUCGUGUGAUAAGUAACGUGAGAAGAUGUUCGCUAGUGUUUUGUUCAGAUUUUGGUGAAUAAUGUGUGAUCUUGAUAAUAUGUAUUGUUCGUGGGUGUGUCUGAAACUAAAUGUAGAAGUUUAAAUGUACGGCUUCAAUUAUUGGUUGAAUAAGUAAAGCAUUCAUGGCGCUACUUUAUUUC